AUGAAAAGAUGUCAGAACAGAGUUUGUGAUAUUGUGUGGGCGGUGGAAGCACAUAUUUCAAAUCUCACAAAAUCGGAUAUCAUCAUAAUUCUCUACUCUCCUUCUUUCUUUCUUUUUUUUCUCUUUCUCUUCCUCUCUUCUUCAUUCUUUCCUUUCUCUUUCUCUUUCUCUCUCUUCCUCUUCCUUUCUUUAUUCUUUUGUCUUUCUCUCGUCCUCCUCCUACAUCUUUCGCUUACCUCUCACUUUCUUUUUCUUUCUCUCCCUUCCUUUAUCUUCUUCGUUCUCUCUUUCUCUUUCUCUCUUCCUCCUCUUACAUCUUCUCUUACCUCCCACUUUCUUUUUCUCUCUCUCUUCCUUUCUCCUUUUAUCUUCUUCGUUCUCUCUCUUUCUCUCUUCCUCCUCCUACAUCUUUCUCUUACCUCCCACUUUCUUUUUCUUUCUCUCUCUCUUCUUUUCUUCUUUUAUCUUCUUCAUUCUCUCUCUUUCUCUCUUCCUCCUCCUACAUCAUCCUCUUACUUCCCACUUUCUUUUUCUCUCUCUCUUUCUUUCUCCUUUUAUCUUCUUCAUUUUCUCUCUUCCUCCUCCUACAUCUUUCUCUUACCUCCCACUUUCUUUUUCUCUCUCUCUUUCUUUCUCUUUUUAUCUUCCUCAUUCUCUCUCUUUCUCUCUUCCUCCUCCUACAUCUUUCUCUUUCCUUUCUUCUUUUUACCUCCCACUUUAUUUUUUUUUCUUUCUCUCUUCCUUUCUUCUUUUAUCUUCUUUUAUCUUCUUCCUCAUUCUCUCUUUUCUUUCUUCUUUUAUCUUCUUCAUUCUCUCUCUUUCUCUCUCUUCCUCCUCAACUUUUCUCUUACCUUUUCUUUCUCCUCCUACAUCUUUCUUCUUACCUCCCACUUUAUUUUCUUUCUCUCUCUCUCUCUUCCAUUCUUCUUUUUCUUCAUUCUCUCUCUUUCUCUCUUCCUCCUCCUACAUCUUUCUCUUACCUCCCACUUUAUUUUUCUUUCUCUCUUCCUUUCUUCUUUUAUCCUUUCUUCUCUUUAUCUUCAUUCUCUCUCUUCUCUCUCUUCCUUUCCUCCUCCUUUCUACAUCUUUCUCUUGCCUCCCACUUUAUUUUUUCUUUCUCUCUCUUCCUUUUCUUCUUUUAUCUUCAUUCUCUCUUUCUCUUCCUCCUCCUACAUUUUUUUCUUCCUCCCACUUUUUUUUUUUUCUCUCUCUCUCUUCCUUUCUUCUUUUAUCUUCAUUCUCUCUCUUUCUCUCUUCCUCCUCCUCCUCUUACAUCUUUUUCUCUCUUCCUCCUCCUACAUUCUCUUACCUCCCACUUUCUUUUUUUCCCUCUCUCUCUCUUCUUUUCUUCUUUACUUUAUUUCUCUUUUCCUCUUUCAUUCUCUUUCCUUUCUUCUUUUAUCCUUCUUCUUAUUCUCUCUUUUCUUUUAUCUUUUCUCCUCCCUACAUCUUUCUCUUACCUCCCACUUUAUUUUUUCUUUUCUCUCUUCUUUCUUUCUUUUAUCUUCUUCAUUCUCUCUCUUUCUCUCUUCCUCCUCCUACAUCUUUCUCUUACGUCCCACUUUAUUUUUUUUUUUUCUUUUUUAUCUUCUUAUUCUCUCUCUUUUCCUUUUCUUCUUUUAUCUUCUUCAUUCUCUCUCUUUCUUUCUUUCUCCACCUACAUCUUUCUCUUUACCUCCCUUUUAUUUUUUCUUUCUCUCUUUUAUCUUCCUUUCUCUUCUUUUAUUUCUUUCUUCUUCAUUCUCUCUCUUCUUUCUUUCUUUCUCUUUUCUCUCUUUCCUCCUACAUCUUUCUCUUACCUCCCACUUUAUUUUUCUUUCUCUCUCUUCCUUUCUUCUUUUAUCUUCUUCAUUCUCUCUCUUUCUCUCUUCCUCCUCCUACAUCUUUCUCUUACCUCCCACUUUAUUUUUCUUUCACUCUCUUCCUUUCUUCUUUUAUCUUCUUCAUUCUCUCUCUUUCUUUCUCCUCCUACAUCUUUCUCUUACCUCCCACUUUAUUUUUCUUUCUCUCUCUUCCUUUCUUCUUUUAUCUUCUUCAUUCUCUCUCUUUCUCUCUUUCUCCUCCUACAUCUUUCUCUUAACUCCCACUUUAUUUUUCUUUCUCUCUCUCUUUUCCUUUCUUCUUUUUAUCUUCAUUUUCUCUCUUUCUCUCUUCCUCCUCCUACAUCUUUCUCUUACCUCCCACUUUAUUUUUCUUUCUCUCUCUUCCUUUCUUCUUUUAUCUUCUUCAUUCUCUCUCUUUCUUUCUUUCUCCUCCGACAUCUUUCUCUUACCUCCCACUUUAUUUUUCUUUCACUCUCUCUUCCUUUCUUCUUUUAUCUUCUUCAUUCUCUCUCUUUCUCUCUUUCUCCUCCUACAUCUUUCUCUUACCUCCCACUUUAUUUUUCUUUCUCUCUCUCUCUUCCUUUCUUCUUUUAUCUUCAUUCUCUCUCUUUCUCUCUUCCUCCUCCUACAUCUUUCUCUUACCUCCCACUUUAUUUUUCUUUCUCUCUCUCUCUCUUCCUUUCUUCUUUUAUCUUCAUUCUCUCUCUUUCUCUCUUCCUCCUCCUACAUCUUUCUCUUACCUCCCACUUUAUUUUUCUUUCUCUCUCUUCCUUUCUUCUUUUAUCUUCUUCAUUCUCUCUCUUUCUCUCUUCCUCCUCCUACAUCUUUCUCUUACCUCCCACUUUAUUUUUCUUUCUCUCUUUCUUCCUUUCUUCUUUUUAUCUUCAUUCUCUCUUUUCUCUUCCCUCCUCAUCUUUUCUCUUUACCUCCCACUUUAUUUUCUUUCUCUCUCUUCCUUUCUUCUUUUAUCUUCAUUCUCUCUCCACUUUUUCUCUUCCUCCUCCUACAUCUUUCUCUUACCUCCCACUUUAUUUUCUUUCUUUCACUCUCUUCCUUUCUUUUUUUUAUCUUCUUCUCUCUCUUUCUCUUUUUAAGAACUCCUCCUACAUCUUUCUCUUACCUCCCACUUUAUUUUUCUUUCACUCUCUCUUUCUUUCUCGUUUUAUCUUCUUCAUUCUCUCUCUUUCUCUUUCUCCUCCUACAUCUUUCUCUUACCUCCCACUUUAUUUUUCUUUCACUCUCUCUUCCUUUCCUCUUUUAUCUUCUUCAUUCUCUCUCUUUCUCUUUUCCUCCUCCUACAUCUUUCUCUUACAUCCCACUUUCUUUUUCUCUUUCUCUUCCUUUCUCCUUUUAUCUUCUUCAUUCUCUCUCUUUCUCUCUUCCUCCUCCUACAUCUUUCUCUUACAUCCCACUUUCUUUUUCUCUUUCUCUUCCUUUCUCCUUUUAUCUUCUUCAUUCUCUCUCUUUCUCUUUUCCUCCUCCUAUAUCUUUCUCUUACCUUCCACUUCCUUUUUCUUUCACUCUCUCUUCCUUUCUCCUUUUACUCUCUUUCUCUCUUCCUCCUCCUACAUCUUUCUCUUACCUCCCACUUUUUUUUUUCUUUCUUUUAUCUCUCUUCCUUUCUUUCUUUUCCUCCUACAUCUUCUUCAUUCUCUUUCUUUCUCGUUUAUUUCUUCAUUCUCUCUUUCUCUCUUCUUUUCUCUUUUUAUUCUUUCUAUUUCUCUUCCUACUCCUCCUACUCCUUUCUCUUUUCUCCGUCUUUCUUUUUCUCUGUCACUCUUCCUCUUCCUUUCUUCUUCAUUCAUUCUUUCUCUUUUCCUUCUCUUUCUCCUUUCUUUUUCUCUCUCUCUCUUUAUCCUCCUUUCUCUUUUUCUCUUCUUCUGUCUAUCUCUUUCUCCUUCCCUCUUCCUCUUUUUUCUUUUCAUGCUCCUAUCUCUCUCUCUUCCACCUCCUCCCCCGUCUUCUCUCUUUCCCACCUUAUGUUCUCUCUUUCUCUCCACCAUUCUUUGCUUUUCUCUCUUCCUACUUCUUUCUCUUUCCUCCUUUUUUAUCUCUCUCUCUCUCUCUUCCUCUUCCUUUCUCUUUUUCUCUUCUUCAUUCAUUCUUUUUCUCUCCUCUUUCUCCAGUUUCUUUCUGUUUUUUCACCCUUUCUCUCUCUAUCUCUUCGUGUUCCUUUCUCUUCUUUCGUCUAUCUCUCCUUCCCGCUUUCUCUCUUUCUCCCUUUUCUAUCUUCCUGUCUCUUUCUUCCGCCUCCUUUCUCUUUCUCUCUUUUCCUCCACCUUUUUAUUUUUUCUACUUUUGUCUGUCUGUCUGUCUCUCUCUCUCUCUCUUUCUUUUAGAGGUACGAAAAAGCAAAGCUCACCGGAUCUAUCUAUCUAUCUAUCUAUCUAUCUAUCUAUCUAUCUAUCUAUCUAUCUAUCUAUCUAUCUCAAUUUGUUAUCUAUCUAUCUAUCUAUUUCAUUCCGUUAUCUAUCUAUCUAUCUAUCUAUCUAUCUAUCUAAUUCUGUUCAUUAUCUAUCUCAUUCUGUUCAUAUCUAUCUAUCUAUCUAUCUAUCUCAUUCUGUUCAUAUCUAUCUAUCUAUCUAUCUAUCUAUCUAUCUAUCUCAUUCUGUUCAUAUCUAUCUAUCUAUCUAAUUCUGUUCAUAUCUAUCUAUCUAUCUAUCUAUCUAUCUAA